UGGAGUUCCGGGAAGUGCGGAGAUAGCCCGGCCGGCUCGUUGGCCUCGCGGUGUUCUCCGAGCGCUGAACUCCGCCGGGAUGAAACGAGCGUUGUCUGGGCGCUGGUAGAGCUGCAGUGCCGGUGUGAAGGCAAGCGGCACGAUGAGCAUGAAAACCUGCCUUUCGGAUACAUGCGUGUGUAGCUGGGGAGCUGCGGCUGUCCGGCCGUGUGUUGGUCCGCCUGGUCAGAUGAACGGGGCAGCAGGUUGGAGGGCUGCUGUGCUCACCUGGUCCGGCCUCAUCGUGCAGGCCACAGCGCUUCGUUUUGUUGAUUCCCUCUGUGUUUGAAGCUGGAUUCGUGCUUCAGAAGCUUAAGCUAUGGAGGAGGACAUCCAUCACAUUCAGAAACAGAUCUUCUUCACAGACAGACAUACACAGCUUCUCAUCAGCUUCCUGGAUACUCUGCUACACACCAUCCUACUGGUCUUUCAGGAAUUUUUGAUACCGGUAUGCACACCUCUGCAAGUAACACUAAGGAAACUUCAGUUAUGAAUUUUCUCUCUGCGAUUGAGUCUCGCACCGCCCAGGCAGUCUCUUCAGGAUCCACCCUUUUGCCACAGUUCAGGGCUCCUUCCUGGCAGACAGGUAUGCAUUCCUCAACAGCCACAGAACUAUUCGUCACUGGAGCGUUGCCAACCUCUGGAACAUUUCCACCAACAUCUGCUUUAUCGGCUUAUCAGCAUCCAAACACAUUCAGCAGUAGAAACUUUGCUACUACUCCUUCUCUUACUCUUCAAGAUACUACCUUCAGUGCUACAUCAAAUGGCCUCUUAACUACCCAUGAUCCUUUAUUACAGAUUAAAACAUCACAAGGCACUGUUCCAGCUGCUCUGACAUUUGAGCGCCUAGGCAGUUCUGUUUUAAGUACCAGUGUACCACCUCAGUCAUCAACAUAUCGUUCUGCUCAAGAAUCCGCACCCCAUCUUUUGCAACCUCAAUUUAGUUUGUUGCCUUCAACCAUUGGAGGAGCUCAGCAGGUUUCUCAGGCAUAUAGCACAUCUGUCUUUACCGGUUCCACGGCUUCCAUUGAUAGAGCACUUCAGCGAGAAUGUAGUGUUAUUAAACACCAUCAGCGGCCUUCAAGUACUCAGUCCGUUCAGGCUCAAUUGACUGUUUCACAGCAUUCCUUACACAGCUAUUUAACGAGUACAAGUGGAGUUAAUUUUCAGGAUACGUGUAGGCACUCAGCAUUAUCCUGCAGUCCAGUUGGAGAUGUUACUCAGGUGAGCAAUGGAGGACCACAGCAGAAGACUUCUCAAGUCACAGUGGAACUUGCUCAGUCUUACGCAUCUGCAGUUCCGUCACCUGGCUUUCCACCGGCUUCUGCAGCAAAAGUGAAAAACUGUUCCACAAAACAGCCUCCAAGGUCGACGAAGACGCCCAAACCUCAGAGCAUAGCUCCCCCCGUGCAGACGCAAAGCUAUGCCAAAACUGCACAAAACCAGAGUUCUGUCAUUACAGGCCAAGCACAGAUCUAUUCUACAGCACAGCUCCCAAGUCUGUUGUCAGUCAGCCAGUCUCAAAAUUAUAUUUCUUCCCAGGCUCAAAAUGUGCCACCCGUCAGUCACUCACAGGAUUUCUCAUCUAGCAAGGUUGAGAAGCUGCCCACAUUGUACAAAACAUUGACUUUUUCUGGGCAGUCACAAACUAUUACUUCCGAUAGUCAAACUCUAAGUUACUCCUCAGAUGAACAAGUUCUGACUUCAGUUCCAAGUGAGAACUACUCUCCACAGACAAGGGAACUUUCUUCAGUCAGCCAAUCUCAGAGUUACUCUUCUAGUCACUCUCAGGGUUUAUCUCCAGUUAGCCAAUCCCAAGUUAGCUUUUCAUCUCAGUCACAAGUUUUAUCAGCUGUUAGUCCUUCAGAAAGCUAUUCUUCAGGGCAGUCUUUAACAUUAACGUCACCUUCUCUUCCCUUUUCUGCCUCUCCUCGGAUACAGACUCUUCCAGCCUCAAGUCCUAAUCAGAGCUAUAUUUCUUUGCAUUCUUCCCAGAACACUCAGUCACAAGAAUCCUCCUCACCGCAGUCUCAAAAGUUUAUGCCGUCUGUCCAGUCUCCUCCUUUUGCAUCCCCAGCUCAUUCACAGGCGCUGCAGAACAGCAGGCCUUCCUCAGAAACAAAGACGUACGUAAAGAGGAAAUCAGACUCUAACUUAUAUGCAUCAUCAAAACAGGAGGAAGAGUUGUCAAUGCAGGAUAUGCAAGCUUUGCAACGACAGGCUUCUCUUGAAUCUUCCACCCAAAGGCUAACCGAUGAGGAAAUCAGUACUCAGGAUGCAUCCUAUCGGGUCACAAAAGCAGAUGACCGAUACUCUCAAAGUGUAAUAAGAAGCAACUCUCGUCUUGAAGAUCAAGUUGUUGGACUUACUCUUCAAGGAACAAAAAAAGAUGAGAGAAUGGCUAAUACUGUGGAACAGCUUUCCCAACAUAUUGGCCAUAUCGCUAAUUUAAGCCAUGAUAUGAAAAAAACAGCUAAUUUAAUGCAAUCAACGCAAGUAAAUAUGAGUUCUAAAGAACUGAACCAGCAGCAUUCUCUUAUGCAUAAGGUACAUGAAAGUAAAGCUUCGGAACAGCAAGGCCAAGUCAUUAGUACGUCUCCACAGGUGCAGCCUCAUGCUUUAAGACAUGGUCAUCAGCUGUGUUUGCCUGGUGCACAGGUGCUUCUGGAGUCAACCUGUGACUUGCAGAUUCUGCAUCAGUCAAUACUGCAGUCAGGUUUAGGACAAGCAAAGGCAUCGCCACAAGUGCAAAGAAUACAGAGUCCUCAGCAGGUGACACAUCCAUUCCUUCAGAUGGAUGGCCAUAUUAUUCAAAGCAACGGGGGUCAUUCUCAGCAACAGCUUCAUCCUCAAAAUUCAGAAGUAAUGAAAAUGGACAUUUCUGAGCCCUCGAAACCACUACAGCAACAUUUGACAACAAAAGAUCAUUUUACUCAGACAAAUCAACAUGAUUCAAAAAAUCCGUUUGUUUCUCUUAGCUCAAUAUGUUUCCCAGAAUCUAUGCUUCUCAGCGAUGAGAGGAAUAUACUGUCCAAUGUAGAUGAUAUCCUAGCAGCAACAGCGGCAGCCUGUGGAGUGACACCAUCUGACUUCGCCAAAUCGGCCUCUAACGAAGAGGAAAUCCGAUCUGUUGAAAACAGUGAGGAGUCCAAAACACAGUUCCGAUCAAUGGAUGUGAGACAUCUGUCUUCUGGUUUCAAUGCUUCGCCUGCUAUAGUUGGAAAGCCAGCAAGCAUAAAUAAUAUUGCUCUUAAUGGAGGCCAAAUCACUAUAAAUCUUACACCGGUGUCAGCAAUACAGACAAAAGCUGUGAACCUUAAUCAUCAGCACAUUGACGCUUCUGAUCAAAAUGUACCAACAAGAAUGACCUCUCCUACUCUUGGCCCUGGUCAAGAGGAGCAAGAACAAGGUGCUGUCCCAGUUAAGAAACAGUCUAGCAUCAGUCGUGAAUCUGAAGAAGAUAACGACGUUUCUGCUGAUGGUACACUGAAUGCAAGGGACAUAGAUUUUGUUUCAAGCGGGAAGAGUCUAAGUGAAGAAAGUGCUGUUUCAGAGAAUGAUUUUAAUAUGAGUGGUGAUGAUGGUACAGUAGCAGGUAACCAGUCAAAGGGUCCAUUGCAAUCGUUACCUGUGCCCCAGAGCGGGACUGAAGAAGAAUGCCAAGAUUUAAGUCAAGGGAACCUUCAGAAGAAAAAAAGCAAAGGAAAAAGCCAGAACAAAAACGCUGCAGAAGAAGACAAUGCAAUUCAGAAACAGAUAAAAAGAAGCGGACAGUGUAAACGUCAAAACUCAAGAGGAAAUGAUGCUUGUUUGAUGUACUCUUCUCCUGUUUCUGAAAGUUGUUACGAUACCUAUCAGCAUCAGGAAAGAAUGAGGCAAAAAAUUAAAGAAGUUGAAGAAAAACAGCCUGAGGUCAAAACAGGAUUCAUUGCAUCUUUUUUGGACUUUCUCAAGUCUGGGCCUAGGCAACAGUUUUCAGCUCCAGCUGUGCGAAUGCCAAACAGGACUCGGCGACCGGUUACCCAGGUAGUUCGUGGCCCUUGCCUACAGUCAUCCACAAAGCCUGUGCCAGCAGCAGCGCCUGCAGCUUCUGAGGUCACUGGAGAAAGUCCAACCAAAAAAGCUGAUGAGGAACUUAAGAAGAAUUUAGAAACGCUGCCUUCAUUUUCUUCUGAUGAAGAUGAUUCUGUGGGAGGUAACCACGAUCUUCAGAAGAGCAUCUCUACUGCAUUGUCAGCCCUGGAUGAUUCUUCUGACAGAAAGAACAAAUCAGAAGCUGAAAAAGCAGCAGUCAUUUCUGCUGCCCCCGCUGCUGCUGUAAUAAAGCAGGAAUUGCCGCAGAUAACGUCAUCUGUAGCCAGUGUGCAGGAGAAAACGAGUUCAGCUGACUCCUUAAAAGCAGCUCAACAGGAUGCUGGGACUUCAGACCAGUUAGCAAAGAUCCAGGCAACUGUUGCAAUCGAAGGAGGUACUGAGGAGGAGAAUACGGACAGUGGAGGAGAGGGCAUGUACAGAGAACGUGAUGAGUUUGUAGUGAAGAUUGAAGAUAUAGAGACACUAAAGCUUGCUUUGCAAACAGGAAAGGAGCCUCCAGCUAUUUGGAAAGUACAGAAGGCCUUAUUGCAAAAGUUUGUUCCUGAAGUGCGGGAUGGACAGAGAGAGUUUGCUGCUACCAACAGUUAUCUUGGCUAUUUCGGGGACGCGAAAACGAAAUACAAGCGAGUGUAUGUGAAGUUCAUUGAAAAUGCAAACAAAAAGGAAUACGUUAGAGUAUGUUCAAGAAAGCCACGGAGCAAACCUGUACAGUCUGCAAGGACUAUUCAUUGCAAACCUAGUAGUAGCAACAACAAAACACCCGAUCCACCAGCACCAAAACCAGCAGCAACAAAGGUCUCUUCUGUGAAACCCAAAGCUAAGCAGCCGAAAGUAAAGGCUGAACCACCACCAAAGAAAAGGAAAAAGUGGAAAGAAGAAUUCUCAUCUUCCCAGUCUGAUUCUUCACCAGAGGCUCAGAGUGAUGAAGAUGAGCUUGUACCUCCAGCUCCAUUUGUUACUCGCUUUCUGAACACAAGAGCUAUGAAAGAGACCUUUAAGAGCUAUAUGGAGUUGCUUGUUAGCAUUGCCUUGGAUCCAGACACAAUGCAAGCCUUGGAAAAGAGCAAUGAUGAGCUGCUUUUGCCUCAUAUGAGAAAAAUUGAUGGCAUGCUGAAUGACAAUAGGAAAAGGCUGCUUUCCAAAUUACGCUUGGAUAAUGCUUUCAAGAGCGCUUUGGAAAUCUUUCCUGAACUCACAGUGAUCACUCGGGAUUCAAAGACAAAAAGUGGUGGGGCAUCCGUGUCUAAGAUCAAAAUGAACGGUAAAGCUUACAACAAGAAAACACUGAGGGCUUCUAAAUCAACCACUAAAUUAGCACAGGAGUUUACAGUGGAUCCAGAAAAAAUACAGUUGUAUUCUUUGUAUCACUCACUCCAUCAUUACAAAUAUCAUAUAUAUCUGACGUGUAAAGAGGAGAUUUCUUCUGUUCAGAAGAAGACUGCAGAUCUGGGACAGGAAGAGAUUGUGCAGCUGUGCAUGAAGAAUAUGAAAUGGGUGGAGGAUCUCUUUGAAAAGUUUGGUGAACUUUUGAAUCGUGUCCAGCAGAAAUGCUCAUAACAGAAAUGUAUUCCAGAUCUCCCAUUUUAUUUCGGCACUAAUCUGAUGGAACAGCAAGCUCAGAGAGAGGCUCUGAUUUCUUUUACAAAGCCAGGCUGCGUUCUUGUUCAUAGGCAGUUUUAUUUCUCUUUACGGAACUUUGAGCCUUGGCUCUUGCUAAGGAAAAGUGAUGCUGCCAAGGAAAUCAGCCCUUUGGAGAUGGAACUGAACAUAACCCUAACCACAUUUUUAACCUGAAGAAUUUAUUUUUUUUUUUUCUAUUUUGUGAACUAUUGGAUAACUUAGUUUUAUUUUCAGCAAUGUUUUUGACAAACAAGAAAGCAUGCACUACAUAUUCUUUUUUCUUUAUUGCUAAAAAGAUAUCAACACUUCAGAUAGGCUUUUCCAUCUCUGACUAAGCAAAGGAGAAGUCAGCGUUGGGGUACGUGUGUCUGGCCACCAAACUGAGUUUUGUACAUUUUGUGAACAGAGCCGGAGCGACAUCAGUUGCUGCGAACAUACGUUGCCAUCGUAAGAUCCAGAAACGUCAUUAUGCUUUAUGGACUCCUUUUACUAUUGUCAUGUUCAGGAGACUGAACGUGGAGUUGGUGCAAUCCUAUGACUGCUUUUUUUUGUGUGUGUCAAAUUAUAUUGUAAUGAAAGACAAUGACCUUAACUAUUUUCCCUGUUUUGAAGAAAAGAAAAAAAAAUAUUUUCCUUUAUACUGCGGUUUUGUUUUUGUUUUUUUUUUCUUUUGGAAAAAAAAAAAAGAUUCAAUUGUACAUUUUAUCUCACUAAUAGUUGUAUUUUUCACAGAGAAAAUAUUGUGGUUAAAAUCGUUUCAUGUAUCUUUGUAAUACUUUCCAUUGUUUUCAGUAAAUCCUAUUCAUUUAUAUGUUGAUUUCUUAUUGUAAACUAUAUAUCUCGAGGUAACCCUUUUGUUUAUACAGGUUUGCUUCAGUGUUAACCAGAAUAAUGCAUACUAGACUAGUUUUGCUUUAAGUGUAGUUGUGUUAGACACUGCAAGUAUUUUCUGAUACAUGAAAAUAAAUUUCUUACUAAACUAGCACUUGAUUAACUGAGAGUUUAAAUGAGGAACUACUAUAUCUUUGUCAACAAAGAUUGCUGAUUCAGUGGACUGUAUGCAGUGUUAAACACAGCUUACCUAGUUGUUUGUAGAACUGGCAGUUGCAGAGCUGUUCUCUUUUUGGUGCCUUUCGAGUCUUCAGACCUUCUCUUGUAGCUUUUUUUUGUCCCUCCAGUGUAAUGGUAGUGCCACUAGUCACACUCAGACAAUGAAUGUAAUGGGCUCCAAACAGGAGAACAUUUUCUUUAAAUCUGCCAACAGAAUGCCUUACUGAGUCAUUCAGAGUGGAUAUUUACUGGGGUCCUAAAAGAAAAAGAAAUAAAAAAUCAUGUUGUUCAUUUCCAGAUAACAUAGGAAAAAAAUACUUCCUUUAACUGCCACUUAGUGCCUUAAUUUCAGCCAAGAAAGCAGGGUUCACUACUCAUUGGCCAAAUGAAAUAAUGUUCAUUGCCAUGUGACCUUUUCUCCUGUUGUCUGUUUUUAGCCUAUUUUAGUUGUUAAACAUUCAUUAGACCUUAGAGCUAUAAAGAGUUUAAUGAAUAGAUGUAAAAAUGCAAUUAUUUGAUCUUGAGUAAUCAAAUAGGUUUGAAUAUUAAAGUAUGUACAGAAUUUUAGCUGGUUAGUUUUAGAACUGUAUAGGAUGUUUACCGUAUUUCCAAAGCUAUUUGUCUUUUAAAAGCAAUAAUUCUCCUUUAAAACUUGUAUGCAGUCUGCAGCAAACAGAGCUGGGUUAUGAACCUCUGCCUUUUUUAAAGCCUCGUCAUAACGCGUUUGCUUUAAAAAGGGAGGUCGCUGUCAAUUGAAUAGAUGCGUUGUGCUACUGUGAUGUCUGCUAUAAUCAAGGAGAGCAAAAUGGGCUUUUAUUUAGGAAGAAUGUGCAGAAUGUCAGAGCAGCUGUGAAGCUAAUUCAUUUUUAUAGUGUAAAGAUGGGUAGACACAAGGGUUGAAGGGUUGUGGCGGUUUCAGCCAUGCUGUGUUGAGCCUUGUAGGAGCCGGAGUUUGUGGAGCUAAAAAUCAGUUUACUGUAAAUAUCCCAACUGGAGACAUAGCAGCUAUGUGCCUCUUGUACUAUUUAAUCUAUAGUACGAGCUCCCCAGUUUAUUUAGGGUAUUCCUUUAUUGGCAGGGAUAAUUGGCAGCAGCAGUUCCUGGCUGCAUAGAUAGAAGAGAGGUAUUGGACUGUACAAGUAGAGUUCUGUUGUCUCUUUUCAGUGAAACAACGUAGUUUGGGAGUCCCUGGGCUGUAAUUGUAGGAAUGGUUGGGAUGCAGGCUGAAGGAACAGUUGUUGUCUCCUUGACUGCAUAGUAAAGAACUCAUUGGACUUUGUGUCUCAUAUCUCUCCCUCGUAUGACUGAGAGCAACUAGCAGAGAGGUCUUUUUGCUUUCUGGAUGAUUUCUGUACCACUACUUUACAGCUCCUCUAGAGUUUUGAACCUAGAAGCAGCUUUAGGAAGCUGGUUGUCUUCAUCCAAGUCCUUAGAGACUGAAGAAAAAAGAGAUGAGAGGGUUUUGGAGUAGUUUGUCCCUAUUUAAUAAGAAGAUGAAUUCUAGUGACAACCAUCUAGAUAAGUAAAUAACAAUGGCCAGGAGGCUCUGCACUGCUGGAGAGGAUGACCUGGCUUAUUUUUGGCUGUACUAUUCCCCAGGCCAGUUAAACAAGCACUGUGCCUGUAGAGACAGAAAAAACCUGUCUAACUGCCCCAGACUACUGCAGAGGUAACAGAGCUUCCGUCUUUGUCUUGGGCUACAAAAAUGCUGGCUGGAUUUAUGAGUUUACCAUUGAGGAUGAAUAAAACCAUGGAACUCUCAAGUGUGUGAAGGAUCAUAAACAAGAAUCAAAGUUUUGGUUGGUGGGAUUGAAAAGGUUUUAUUUUAUACUGAAGCAAACUUAGAAGAAAUGUGGAUGUACAGAUUAUCUUUCUUGCACAAAUACUUGGUUUUGUUGCCUUUUAUGUAAUUCUGCACCCACACCUCAAUCUUGUGUCUUUGUCCUGAAGCAGCAGUGAUGUCCUUUGAACAUCUAACAGUGGAAAUUGAGCGCUCACGUCUGUGAGAGAAGAUGCACGUGGAAGGAACAAGACCCUCUUUAGACUAUGAAUUAGCGAAGCAGAAAUUAAGCUAACUGUGUGAUGAAUUGUUAUUAUUACUUUUCAUUUCCGCUGUCGUUUCCUUUAGUACGGCAUCCCUGCUGACGUUGGGUUUGGUUUUUAUUGAAAACACAGUAUUUCUCUUAAAGGCAGGUUUUUCUUUGAGAUGCUACUUCCAAAGUUUUGCCAGCAAAACACAGGAGACAAAAUUGGAUUGAAAAACUGUUUCUGCAAAUGGCUAAAGACUUCAGGAUCGUCGGAGUUCUGUGACUUGUAUCAUAUUCAUACAUUGUCGAAACAAAAUGCUACUUUUUAGAAAGGCAAAUCUUACAGGCUGUCUUCCAAGUAAAUGAUUUCCUUAAGGGAAUUAUAUUUUAAAUAUUAUUUAAAUAUUUACUACUAUUUAAAAACGAUUUUAAAACGGAAAAGCUGAAAAGUACGGUCGCAAAAUGUCAGUGUGUCAUUGGUCGUUUCAUUUCUCAUUGCUAACACGUGACAUUCGGUUUCCCGCUCUACCAGACGAACACGCAUUGCGGUGUGUGCGUUCUGUCCUAUCUUAUUGUUUAAGCUAAUCCUUACAUGUCGUUGGUAACACAUGCAUGUUUUCUGCGUAUCUCCUCUACGUAUGGCAAAAAAAAACAAGAGGCUAGGGCUAAUAACAGACACUUUAUACGUUCUUAGUCCAGAUUUUCAGGUGGUCCGUAAUACAAUGUAUGGAAAUGUGAAAAAGGACACAUUUUUGUACCAUUCGUGAUGUUAUUAACUGAACCAUUAAAGUGAGAACACUUUUUAAACAAAAA